AUUUCAACCAGGUUGCAAUGGUGACCUCCCUUCAGCGUACCAACAAUCUCACCAUCGGUCACAGCCUGGACCCUUACACCGCCGAUGCUCUGAGCCCCGCGGGUCGCAUUGUAGCGGCAGGCCUCCUCGGGUCCAUCCCGGUCCUGGGUUUCCUCGGUAACUUCCUGGUCUUGCUGGUGUUCUCUCGCUUUCCUCGGCUUCAGACUCCCGCGAGCCUGCUGCUCAUCAACAUCAGCGCGAGCGAUAUGCUCGUGUGUCUCUUCGGAACUCCGCUCAGCUUCGCGUCCAGCGUGCGCGGCAGGUGGCUGACUGGAUCCUACGGGUGCCGGUGGUACGGUUUCUCAAACGCACUGUUUGGUAUCGUAUCUCUGGUGUCUCUCUCUCUGCUGUCGUUGGAGCGGUACUCUGUGUUGCUCUGCAGCAGUAUCCAGUCCAGCUCCUCUCAGUACCGCAGGGCCAGGCUGGCCGUGGUCACCUCCUGGCUUUACUCGCUGGUCUGGACGGUUCCUCCGCUGCUUGGCUGGAGCAGCUACGGGCCGGAGGUUCCCGGCACCACCUGCUCCAUCCAGUGGCACCAUCGCUCAGCCGCUGCUCGCUCCUACACCUGCUGCCUCUUCGUCUUCUGCCUUCUCCUGCCGCUCCUGAUGAUGCUCUUCUGCUACGGGAGGAUCCUGCUGGCUGCGAGAGCGGUGACAAGAAGGGUCACCCGGGUCGACCGGUCUCCUGCCGAGCAGAGGGAAGGCCGUGUGCUCCUGAUGGUGGUCUGCAUGGUGACAGGAUACCUCUUGUGUUGGAUGCCAUACGGGGUCGUGGCGAUGAUGUCCUCGUUUGGACGUCCUGGCAUGGUGUCGCCUGCCUCCAGAUUAAUCCCCUCCCUCCUGGCAAAGACCAGCACCUUCCUCAACCCGUUUAUUUACGUGCUGCUCAACAACCAGUUCUCCAGGUGCUUCCUAUACAUGAUCAGGUGCAGCUCAGAAGCUCCGCCCACCCCAGUCCACCGCACGAUGCCAAGCAGCAUGGGGGCGUGGCCUCACUCUCCCAAACUGUCUUCAGAGGAACAAAACUCUGCGCCUGUUACGUUCACAUCCAGAGACAAGCGGAUACAGGGGUCCCGGAGUCACGAUGUCCCUUCUAAAGCCUAA